GAGAGAGAGAGAGAGAGAGAGAGAGAGAGAGAGAGAGAGAGAGAGAGAGAGAGAGAGAGAGAGAAAAAAUGAAAUAGUAUUCCGUUACACACACGUACUCACACGGCGCCUGGUAAACAAGAGUGCUCAGCCGGGGUUCACUUCAGAAUGGCGCUGCUAAGGUCCAGAAUUACCUCCUUUUACGCGGCUUCCCGUCAUGUCAUCACACGUAACACCACGAGAGCGCUAUCAGUCAGCCCACAGCACCACAAGCCGGGCAGCAGUGUGGGUUUCAUCGGCCUCGGCAACAUGGGUGGGCCAAUGGCUGUCAAUCUGCUGAACAAGGGCCACUCCAUAGUUGUGUACGAUGUGAGCGAGGAGGCCAUGAAGCGACUGGAGGACGAGGGGGCAUGUGCAGCCUCCAGCCCGUCAGAGGUGGCCAGUAAGGUGGACCGGAUCAUCAGCAUGCUGCCCAACUCCCAGCAUGUGCGGUCCUGCUAUGCUGGUGACAAGGGAGUCUUUCAGACGAUACAGCCGGGCACACUCAUUCUGGACAGCAGCACCAUUGAUCCCACUGUGUCCAAGGAAAUGGCAGGCCUGGCAGGCAAGAAGGGAGCUGUCUUCAUGGACGCUCCUGUGUCUGGGGGUGUCAAUGCAGCAAAAGGUGGAACUCUCACAUUCAUGGUUGGAGGAGAGGAGAAGGAAUUCGAGGCAGCCAAGGUGCUACUCUCAGCCAUGGGGAAGAACAUUGUCUACUGUGGUGAGGUGGGGAACGGACAGGCAGUGAAGAUUUGUAAUAAUAUGUUGCUUGCGAUCACCAUGAUUGGAACAGCCGAGACCAUGAACCUGGGAAUGAGAUUGGGUUUGGAGCCAAAGCUGAUGGCAAGCAUCAUCAACACAGCCACAGGACGGUGCUGGGCCAGUGAACUGUAUAACCCAGUCCCGGGUGUGCUGGAGAACGUGCCUUCCUCAAACAACUAUCAGGGAGGUUUUGGAACAGCACUAAUGGUGAAGGACUUGGGAUUGGCACAGGCAGCAGCUACAGACACCCAGAGCCCAACACCUCUCGGCUCACUUUCUCAUCAGAUUUACAGACUGAUGUGCAACUCAGGUCUAGCAGAGAAAGAUUUUUCCUCAAUCUUCUUGCUCCUCCAGGAACAAAACAAAUGAACACAUUGGUGGAGUGGUGUAUAAAGACUAGGCAGUUGUAGCUUAGCUUUGUAAUGGUUGUGUUAGUCUACACUUGGAUACAAGUUAAUGUGAUGAGCUACAGUGAAUCUCAUCUUGCAGGACUGUGUGGAAGAAGCUUUAUCUGUACCACAAACAUAAGUAAUGCAACGUCCCAAUCUUUGACAUAGGAAUGUAACUCAAAAGCAGCUUGUAUGAUGAGCUGUACUGUGUUCAUUAAUUAUUGUGUAUCACAAAACUCAAUUUGUAUACCUUAUGAUGUACUUAAAAUUUCCUAUCUGCCUUAAGUCUGUGCUUCAUCCCAAAGUCCAUACAUUUCUGAGAAUGAAAUAUAUAGCAAGAGUAUUAGCAGGUCUUAAUGAUUAGAAUGUAAUGUUCUGUUUCAACAUGUGAUGAAACAACUUCCUAGUCUUGUACUGUAUUGGUUGUUUAAGUUACUUUGGUGUGCAGUAGCAGUGAUCAUUCCACAUGGCUUGGUAUUCACAUGGGAACUAAGUGGCUUAAUACCUUAAUUCUGGCACAGGUAUUGCCACAAGUUGAGUAAUCUAGUGCACUAACUUCUGUAAUGCUUGGCGUUCUUCCUCAGUCUUCACUCUGAUCUGAAUAUGCACCAGAACAGAGGGUUUAAGAUUGAGGUAAGAUGCUGACUCAGUGUAAGUCUGUGCAGAAAGCUCACUGAGUAUUGACUAUGAUUGUUAAUGAAGAACCUUUGACUUACUGUUUAUAUCUCUGGAGGGAGAUGUACAACAUCAGACCAAGGAGGCUGCAGACAAACAGAGCUGUGAGGAGCAGCAGGAGAUGGGGAGCAUACAGCAGUAUUCCCAACAUUGUGACUACUGCCACCACCACUGUCAUGACCAUGGACCACCUGUGGCCCAAACGGUUCUGUCAAACAAAAUAACACGUUUCUAAACCCAUUCAUUUUCACACUUAACAGGAGCAUAAUGAAGCAUAAUUAAAAAGAGCAAUGUACUACUAUAUCAUUAUCACUCAUACUAUGAACAACAGGAAAUUAAAGUAUCCAAUUCUAUUCCAUAAAAUAACAAAAGUAGAGGUGAGAGUACACAGCCUCUCUCCACUGUAUUCUUUGAUGUGCCUUGUUGCUUGCUCUGCUCUGUGUAUCAUCUUUUGCAGCAUUCAUUCAGAGAAAAUCUGCUUUGUACUGCAUACAGCGAUCUUGUUUUGUGUUGCCAAUGUUGUGAUUUACUUAGCCAUAUGUCAUUAGUAGUAAGAUGCUUUGGUUACACUAUAGAGAGGCCAAGAAGCAAAGAUGUUAGGAUAUGCAGGGGAAUGUAUGUGUGGAGAUGCCAUGUUUUGAGUACCUUCCUUUCAGGGGAAUGUCAGUCUGGUAUACAGAUACACACUGUUAAAAAGAUGCAAUAUGUUUAACAGUAUUGAUUUUAUUGUGAUGUAGGGCAGCUAGAGUAUAAUAAAAAUUGUUGAAGUAAA